AAAAGUUCUCGCGGUCUGGGGAGAGCUCACCACUGGUUCUUUGUGCGAGUGUGUUGGUGUGUUGCGUUGACUGAGGCACUCACCAUCGCUUUGACAAGCAGUUGAGAGGGAAAAAAGCGAAAAAAAAGUGUUCAAAUCAAGCCAGCCAUUGAAAAGCACGGACGGAAGACGGAACAUCAAAGCAAGCCACCUUCGAGAAAAAAAGUGUCUGGCAAGUCGCAACCCGGAGGAAAAUGCCUCUCCUACGGCAAAAGCUGUUCCAGAAAGUGUCCGGACAAGAAAAACAUCGCGAUAGUGACGAAGUGUUCUACUGUGCGACCACUAAUGAAAUCUUCAGCAAUUACGAAGACUAUUUCCAUCAUGUCGUGCUCAUCUCAUCGAUCGUAUGGACGUGUGAGAUCACGGGCAAACCGAAUCUUACCUACACGGAAGCGCUGGAGUCCGAGAAGCAGGCACGCAAGCUGGUCCGAUCGUUUCCCGCUGCAGUCAAGGGUCCGUUCCUGCUGGUGGCAUCCCACACCAAGCGGAGUUCCUUCAACGAGAUGCUCGACGAUGUCUUCGGUUUUGUCAAAGAUCAUUACUUCAAGGGAGAAACGGUCGACGCCAUCGAUCCCAACGAAAACGUCUACCGGGAGGCUAAGAUUGUCGAAGUGAUCCCACCGAGGUAAGUGACCAAGUAUGAUGCUUCCAAAC